AUGGCUCCUGUGGCGGUUGAAUCGUCUCACCCUCCUGCUGAGGUGCCCACGAAAUCCACGCCAAUUGACCUGUCCAUCUUUCCCGACGGCUUCAAGACAUCUGGCCAACACCCGCCGCUCUACGACAAGCUGUACCCUUACUCUGCGUUUCCAAAGUCCAUCUCCGGCCCCACGGUCUGGUCGAGUGAGGACUACGCCUCCCACCCGGAGACAUGGACACACGUCUUCUCGGACUCUGAGAUCAACGAACUCUCGACCGCGGCGGACAACUUCAUGGCCCAAGGCCUCCCCUUGACAGGGAUCAGCCCGUCCAACUUCCCGCUCCCGAGCAUGGCAGCGUCAUUGAAAUCGAUGCGCAACGAGAUCCUCAACGGCAAGGGCUUCAUCCUGUACAAGGGCUUCCCCGUGCAGCAAUGGGGCUCGCACAAGUCCGCGGUCGCUUACAUGGGACUGGGCACGUACAUCGGGUACCCGGUGUCGCAGAACGGUCGGGGCCAUAUCCUGGGCCACGUCAAGGACUUGGGCGAGGACAGCACGCAGAUCGACAAGGUGCGCAUCUACCGGACCAACGCGCGACAGUUCUUCCACGCCGACGACUCGGACGUUGUGGGCUUGCUCUGCAUCGCGCGCGCCGAGGAGGGCGGCGAGUCGGACGUGGCGUGCGUGCACCAAGUGUGGAACAUCCUGCAGGUCGAGUUCCCGGACGUGGCGGAGCUGCUGACCCAGCCCGUGUGGUACUUUGACCGCAAGGGCGAGGUGUCGCGCGGCGAGGAGCCCUACAUCCGCACCAGCGUCUUCUACCUCGAAACCCCCGAAGCGGGCAAGGAGCAGCGCGUCUACUGCAAAUGGGACCCCUACUACGUGCGCAGCCUGACGCGCUUCUCGGACAAGGGCAUCAUCCCGCCGCUGUCGCCGGCGCAGGUCCGCGCGCUCGAGACCCUCGAGGCCGUCUGCCAGCGCGUCAAGCUGCACAUGAUCCUCGAGGUCGGCGACAUCCAGUUCGUCUCAAACUCGCACAUCCUCCACGCCCGCACCGCCUACAGGGACUACGGCCCGGACAGCGGCAUGCCCCGCCGCCACCUGAUGCGUCUGUGGCUGAGCUGCCCCGUCAGCGAGGGCGGCUGGCGCCUGCCCUUCCACGACGCAGACGAGCGCAAGAGAGGAGGCAUCCAGGUCGACGACACGAGGCCCGUUGCGAGGCUGGAUGCGGAUUAA